GAGAGAGAGAGAGAGCGAGAGAGAGGUAGGGAGAGAGAGAGGGGGGGGCAGGAAACUUAAAAAAUGUUUUCAGAAAUUACCAGACCAUCAUCUUAUCAAGGCCAUUCGGACCCCACACAGACAGCAAAGAGAGAAAAGGAGAGAGAGCAGUUUAACUGAAAGACAGCAGACAUACUGUAAACAAGCUUGUGUGAUUGACGAGUGCAUCUGUAUGUCUCACGGCUGUACACCAUGGAUAAUGACACAACAACCAUCUCUCUCUUUGAGGAGUACACAGAUUAUGGGGAUUAUGAUGAAAACACUUCUAGCUUUCAAGAUGACGCCAGCACUGCCCCCUGCAGCUUAAAAGAAACGUGGCUCUUUGUCGGCCGCUUCACCCCUGUGUCUUACCUGCUGGUGUUCAUUUUGGCACUAGUGGGUAAUGUUCUUGUGCUUUGUGUGAUUCGCCGCUAUAGGCAAUCUCGGCACAGCCCCUGCUCCUUCUCAUUGACAGACACCUUCCUGCUUCAUUUGGCCAUCUCUGAUCUCCUUUUGGCUUUAACGCUGCCAUUUUUUGCCGUGGAGUGGAUCAAUGGGUGGAUAUUCGGCUGGUUUGUGUGUAAGCUUGCCGGGGCACUGUUUUCACUCAAUCUCUACUGUGGUGUGCUGUUCCUGGCCUGCAUCAGCUUUGACCGCUACCUGGCUAUAGUGCACGCCAUUAAUAUCAGCUGGAGACGCAAGACCUGCCACGCUCAGCUUGCCUGUGCCGUCAUCUGGGUCACUUGCCUGGGACUGGCCAUUGUUGACGUGCGCUACCGUGAUGUGGAGAAGCUACAGUUCAGUAAUAUGUUUGUGUGCCAAAUGGUGUUUUCUCAUGAGACUACCCAGCAAUGGCAGAUUGGCUUGCAGUUUAUAAGCCUGUUUCUUGGAUUUGUACUUCCCCUAUUGGUAAUGCUCUACUGCUACCUUCGCAUUUUCAAAGCAUUGUGCAACACCACACCACGUAGGCAGAAACGCCGCCCGCUGAGGCUUAUCAUUUCUUUGGUGGUUGUGUUCGUGGUCAGUUGGGCACCUUAUAACAUCCUGAGAACGACAGAUAGCCUGCGGUCGCUGGGUUUCUUUGACAACACCUGUCACAUAAACAAUGUGCUGGAUGUUGGCAUUGUGGUGACUGAAAGUCUGGGGUUAGCACACUGUGCUUUAAAUCCGCUACUCUAUGGCCUUGUGGGGAUGAAGUUUCGUCGUGAGCUUGCCCUGAUGUGCAAAACUGUAUUAGGACCCAAGGUGUGCAGUGGUUCAGCAAAAUGGUCCCAUGGUUGGGGAUCAACACGCAGGGCUCCUGGAUCAUUCAGCUCAGUGGACAGUGAGAAUACCUCAUAUUUCUCUGCCGUGGCCUGAAAAACUCCAGAAGACAGAGAAGUGAAAGGAGAAAUAAAAAUGAAAGGAUAAAUAAAGAUUGAGGAAAAUAGAAAGGAACUGGAAAGUAACAAGAAGUUAGUAUAGACUUGACGAAUGACAUCUAUAGCCUACAUGUUUUCAUGUUUACUCUUUUAUAAGCAUGACAUUGUCUAAUACAGCAAAUGUACUUUUUGAGAAGGUGAAAAAGACAUUUUUUGUGGGUGCGUGCGUGCGUGCGUGAGUGUGUAUGUGGUUUCAUUUUGUUUACACAUUUUCAAAAAUGCUCUAUCAAAGAAAUGCAUUUCUUGAAACUCUCACAGAUUUUGUAUAUAUGUCAGCAAUUCUGAUUUGUGACAGUUGGUUAUUGUUACCAACAGGAACUGAAACCAUUGUCCAUUUUUCACAGUUUUUCUUCAUUUUAUCUUUUUAUUAAAUAAACAAAAUGUUCAUUAUUUGUUUUGCUCUCUUGCAGUGUAUAACAUCAUUUUGAAUAAUUUUUCUUAACCAUCUCAAUGAUUUUUGAUUGACAUAUUGUCACUCACAAAUACUAGUAGUCAUGGACAUUAAUGGAUUUUUUUAUUAUUAUUAUCAUUACCUUAUUGUCAUUUUUGCUAUUUCUAUAUUUUUCUAAGAAUUUCCUGUACAUUUUUGUUAAAUUGUAAUAAAGAUCUCAAAGCAAUGUGAAAUCUUUUUUUUCGAUUUUACUGUAAUGCCAGCUUUUUUGUUGCUAUAAUUAUUUCAAGAACCAGAAUUUAAUAACAUCUACAAAAUUGCAAUGUCCACAAUAUCUUUCAUAUUCACUUUCACACUAACACAAUUUAGUAUCGUCAGUUCACAUAAAAGCCUUCAAGGCCCAGCCAUGAGUUAACAUGCAGUACUGGGCAAAAGUCUUAGGCCAUCAUGCCAGAUUUGUUGUUUUUUGCAAUGUUAUAGUGAUCAUAUAUAAUUAUUUCUCAGUCUCUUUAAUAGAAUACAUCCAGAAAUACAGGAAAUGUGUAUAUAGUAUUAAAAACUGUAUACAAAUGUAAACUGAUGUGUCAAGUUUUUAGGGUAAACUCCCUUUCCACUUGAGCAAUAGUAGGAAACUGCAGGAUCUCUUAAACCUAAAUAAAAUUAAAAUCCUAA